GAUUUAUGGCUUUGCUUUGGAGCAAAAAGGACAGUAGUAAGAGACAGCACCAGUAGAUACAGAGGAUCUGUCACAACUUUUACUCUGGAAAACAUUUCUAACAUGUUUCACUUUUAACUGGACAUGAAAAAAACUGUUGACCUCUAUAGUUCUUGUUAAGGAUUACAUUUGUGCCUGUCAGCUUUAACAUGGCAAGGAAGUCUACGACAUUAUGUACAGACAAGCUGUUUAAGGUUUUGGUUAUUGGAGAUAUGGGUGUUGGAAAGAGCAGUAUUAUCUUGCGUUAUGUGAAUAAACGCUUUCAGGAAGGAUACAAAUCGUCGAUUGGAGUGGACUUUGCUCUGAAAACAAUUGAAUGGGAUAGCAGCACAGUGGUGAGACUGCAGCUUUGGGAUAUUGCAGGUAAGUGUGAAUAUAAAAAAGUCUCCUUGGCAGUUUUCUACCUUUUUUUUAUCAUAAAAUGAUCAGGAAACAUUUUCUAAUGGCCUUUAAAAUAGCUGAAAAAAUCUACUGAAAACACAUUUGGAAACAAAACAAUGACAAAAAUCAUUAAGUAAAUUAGUUUCCCUUGUUUUUGUCCAGGAUUAUACCCCAUUUCUUUUCAGAUGAGUCUUUAAAGUGAGCUAGCCAACUCAUAUCAUCCAGAGUGGUUUGAAUUUCGACAGUAUUUUAUUGUUUUGAAAUGGUUCUGGUCAGCUUGUGCUUGACUUGUAACCUUAGAAACAAAGUUAACAACCCAUGAAGACAAUAUUCACAAAGGAGACCAUAAAAAUAUACCAGAAACUGAACCAGGUAAACCAGGUAAAUGUUUUCACCGAGAAAUAUUUGACUUAGGAUAAGCUGACAAGCGUGUAAGACAGGAUAGGUCACUAUGAGACACCCUGAUCACGGCUCUCUGUGGGUGAAGCUAAGAAAACGUGCUGCCCUUUGUGGUGAGCUGUUCUCUUUAUAUUUUCUUAUAUUUCUUUAAAUGUUAAAUGACCGAGAACUGAACUCAAUUAAAAUUGAAAACCCUGCUAAUGUUUUAAACUCUACUGUGCUUGAUUUAGAAUAAGCAAGUGUUCAGGUGAGAAUACUAUCUAUGUUUUUCCUCCUUUCUCAGGUCAGGAGAGGUACAAGAAGAUGUCCAGAGUAUACUACAAAGGUGCAAUGGGAGUCCUGGUGGUCUUUGACGUUACAAACAGGUCCACCUUGGAGGCCGCCUCCGAGUGGAAACAGGACCUAGACAGCAAAGUGUGUCUGGACAGCGGACGUCCGGUCCCUGCUGUCCUGCUGGCCAAUAAAUGUGACAUGACAGGAAGAGACAGAGACGUGGUGUCCUCCUUAGAUGACUUCUGUACAGACAACUGCUUCGUGGGCUGGUUUGAGACCUCUGCAAAGGUGCGUGUUAUCUUUUAGUCAUGGGAGAAUCCAAUCUGUCUGUAAGAACAUUCAGGGACAAGCAGUCAUUCACAGAGACCUUAGAAGAGUCCCAUUUUCAGUGCCAAAGCUAGUUUAUCAGUCAGACUUUUGGUAGCAUCACAUAAGUACAUUUAUCAGAGGUAAUUGGGACUGUACUUCAUUGCAAUGCUCCUGUACUCUUAAAACCAGUAGCAGAUAUUCAUGUGAUAAUGUUAUUGCAUGUAAAAUUUAUCAUUUUAUAACUGACAUUCAGUUGGUAAUAUACUGAGUCACCUCUUUAUGACCCACUCUUUAGGCUGUUAUGUUUUGUUAUGUUUCAAUCUGAUUCAAUCUUGAAGCUCCUGGUAGGAAACAUUGAAAUUUAUUUAAAAUAGCUUUCAUGAGCAACAAUGGCAAAUAAGACCAUAAGCAUUAAGAUGAAGUUGUGCUAAAUGACAGAAGAAUGAGAUUUUUUGUCAAACAGCAUUACUUAAGCAUGUAGACUUUGUCCACAGGGGGCGCCAAAAUUGCCACAAAUUGAAAGUCCCUCACUGGACCUUUAAAGGAAAUCAUUUUUCAGAUCUGAUUAUGUCAGUAAUUGUUUCUUUCACAUGAUGGAGCAAAACAAAAUUAACACACUCAACAAAGGGAUAAAAGAUAUCAUUUUGUCCAUAGGGGGUGCCAAAAUCAACACUAACUAAAAGAUCCUCACAGGAGCUUUACAGAGAACUGAGCGAGAUUAUCUUCAAAAUCUCAGCCUAUUCACUGGAUGAGCCUUUUAUUUAAUAAACAGAGACACAAGUUAUUCAGUGGCUAACUUACUUACUGAAUUAUUCAUGUAAUUUCUGCUUUCUUGAUGGAUUUGCAUUUAAAUGUUAUUUUGCAUUAUUAAAUCUCAGCCCUCCUCCGUAAGGUCACCAGAAGGUCUCGCAUUCUCCAUUUAGAAUUGCAUGAGGUCGGAUUGUGCUGUGAUUGUAAACUGUAACACUACAGCCACACAACCUGCGCAUAAAACAUGUUCAAAUAUUAACGAGUCCCAACACCGUGCUAAAGACAUAGCUCAACAGAUGCAUACACAAUGUACUAAAUCAUAUUCCCUCUUUACCAUUUACAGGAAAACAUUAAUAUUGAUGAGGCAGGUGCCUUCCUUGUCAAGCAAAUGAUGCUCUGCGAUGCUGGUCUGUCCAGUGAAGAGGAUAACAGGGAUGGGAUCAAAGUGAGUCAGCCUCCCAGGGAGAGUCAGAGCCAGACAUUGUGCUGCUGGAGACCACAGCUCUGAAAAAAACAGACAAACAACAAAAGAUAAACGCUUCUAUCUUUUCAUAUAUCCACUGGCCUUAUUGCUCAGUGCUGUGUGUACAGUGGAGGCUGCUUCAUUAACACCUCUGUGGCGUAGAUCUGGCUCUCUGAUAAUCCACUGACACUGACAGGGUAAUAAAGAGAUCAGCAUGACACACAUCCUGCUGGGAAAAGUCUGUGACACUCCCCCCGACACCAAGACUUGCUUGUGAUUGACCCAGUAUAACGAGGUCCAGAAACUGUGAACCACUAACCACUGCCAUCUUCUCAAACUCAACAAAACCAGCAAGAGAAGGGAGAAAAAUGUCUGUGUUUAAUCUGUGGAAUACUCCCCAUUAAACGCCGACAAAUUCGAUCCCAGCUCUGAGUGUUACUUGUCUGUUAUGCAAUCAUGCAUCUAAUUAUCUGUUAAUCACUUCACAGUGAGAUUAGCUAAGACCCGUGCAUGAGCACCGCCGCCCGGCUUGAUAUGGCCAAUAGCAGAGAAAAAGCUAUCAGCAUGACCUGAUUCUGGUGGAGGGAGGGAAUGUGUGAGAAUGCGCCACACGGCUACAGACGCACACCACCCAGAGAGGAUGGAGUAACUCAGUGUGCGAAACUAGAAAGAGCAGACCAGAUCGGCUUGUUAAAUCACAACUGUGUCAUCACCUGAUUCUUUGUGUUUUUAUUAAUGAGGAAUAUCUUAACAAAUGCAUGACCUGAGUUUGUGUGCACCAGUACUGCACUAUCAGCUGAUGAGCAGAUCUUUUUGUGACGCAGAUUCACACAAAAGUUAUCUAAGGAGGAGAAUCAAGACUGAUUUUAUCUGAUUUAAAUCCACCAAGAGCAAAUGGAAGGAAAAAGUAACGCAGAAAGAUUUGCCUCAACAAGAUGGGCCCAAAACGUUGGGACAGAGGGCAAGACAGAGAGCGAUAUGGCUAGAGGCAAAGAGACAAAGAUGCCCACAAACAAAUGGACUGAUCCUGCCAUAGUGCUCCACUACCCGGACGUAAACAAGUACAUAUGAAGAACAGAUGCCAUCUCAUAGCACAAUGCAGUUUUUCUUCUUUUGGACAAGACAGCUGAAAAAAGACAGGAAAUGUAGGGGGUGGAAAGUCCAGGGAAACAUACAGCAAAGGGUAAAGGUCAGGAUAUGAACCAGCAUGUUGAGUAAAUUGUACUCAGUUUUUACUUGUUUCUUUCUACCUUUGGACUAGUCAGUUGGCCUUGAGUUUAAAAGUCUUGGAUGUCACAGUGACAGUGAAAGUCUGAUAGAUACACAGAUACUCAGAAUUUCUUUCUUUAAUUAAUUUGAAGUCUUAAUCAGAGGUCUCUCUCACCCCUACUAAAUGCUAAUGGUUCACCCCCCAACAGGGUGGGCUUAGUCUGUAGUGAUGCGGUCCACGAAGGUAUACUUUUAUUCCCAUUAAUGCCUAUGCCUUUAAAAACUAUCAUAACGAAAAUAUAUAAGUAAUACUGUAGGCCUACUACACUGUAAAUGCCCAUUUUAUAUAUUAGAAAACUGCGUUUUAACUCAGUUUUUAAUGUGCAGAGUCAAAUCAAUCUAAACUCUGAAGGAAUCUGUAUGUUUUUAAUGCAUUAAACUCUGUCUGUUUAUCACAAA